GAAAAACUGUCAUUAAAAAUUAAGUGUGUUUAAUAGUAACGAAAACUUGCAAUAUUUGAAUUUAACAAGAUGGAAGCACAUAAAGGUAUUGCGAACAAAUUAAUAGAUGCUGUUGCACAUUCAACUCCAUUUUCAUCACCGUUGAGGCGGAAAUCGAUUAUGUUGCAAAAAACAGUUGUCCCAUCUUCUAUAGUAGAAAAUGAUGAUGAAGCAGAACGAUUGGCUCGUCGUCGUGAAUUUAGCGGUACAUCAAUAUCAUUAUCUACCGCAAAUGCUAAUGACAGAAGAUGCUCUUUAGGUCUUAGUGCAUUGGGUAGUAUACCGAGUACUCAGAUGGAAGCACGUAUAUCUCAAUGUAUAAAACUUGGUACAGAAAAUAAGAUCAAUCCCAAAAAUGCAUUCAGCUUAGAAAUGAUUGAUUUUAUGACAUACAUGAUCAAAAAACAAGAUGUAAACAUGUCCAAUUUACAAGUGGCCAGUGUCUCCUUAGAUGUAAGCACUAAAAUUUAUGCAUUUCGUGUUGAUGGUGUACAUAUGGAUAUACUUAAACUGAUUGGUGGAUUAGAAAAUCAAGAAAAAAAUAAUGAAAGUGCAAGAGAUAAUGAUGCAGAACUGAUGGAUACUGAAGAAGGAAAUGGAAAUAAUCAAGUCCAAAUGAAAAAGAAAACAAGAAAGAGAAUGAAACAACAAAUACUCGUUAAAGUGGAAAGUCUAAGAACAAACGUUGAAACUGAGAAACCUACUUUAACAAGUAUGGAAUCAGAUUUGCAAACUACAGAUAUGCUUUUCCAAGCUACACUACCUAACCAUGCGGGGUCCAGGUUUUAUUUUCACCCGUAUAAUGAUAUAUUAAUUGAUACGGUAGAGCAUAAACAAAUACAAGAUAAUGAUAUUAAUUAUAGAAUUCCAACAAUAAAAGAUAUUUCACAAAUGCAAAUUUGUCCUCCUAUGUUUUACUUUGAUUUUCAAAAUUUUGAUGCAAAUGAUGAAACAGAGGAAGCACAACCAGAGAAAAUAAAUGAAAACACAUUUCAGUUUGAUUUAAAUGCAUCAUUACCGCAAGAUAAUGACGAAUCAUGCGCUGCUGUGAAUUAUUUUGAUGUUAUAGAUAUGCAAGAGGAAAAUGUAGACAAAUGUGUCAAAUUACCUGAUCAAAUAGACAAUAUUGUAGAUUUCCGUGAAGUACUAGCCAGUACUGUACAAUCUAAACCUUCGGAAUAUUCAUUUAUUCGACAAAAUUUAAAUAUACAUUGGACAGGCCCGUCUCAUUGGAAACUUGCUGCCUCCAAGAAAAAUUUCGGUAACAGUAACGUAAUGGAAAAAUGUCAUCAAGCACCAGUUAGGAGGAAAAAAGAACUAGAGAUAAUUUACAGUAAAGAAACAAUAGAAAGCAUAGAAGCUAAAUAUUUUCAAAAUAAACGAUCUAAAAUACAUACUAGAACACCUAAAAUGGAAUGGAAUGAAGAAAUAUUAACAUUACCUCCGGAUCAACAUUAUGAUAUUGCAUAUGCUAAUAAAUCGUAUCUUCACACAACAAUAUUUAAACCCUCUGAAAGUACAGAUGAGAUGAACACUACUAAUGUGUCCGAUAUUGUAGAAAAUUAUGAUUAUAAUAAUGAUAAUGAUACAUCAAAUUAUUGUCCUCAGACAAACGUUGAUGAAUAUAGAGGGCCUGAAGAAAAUAAUGCAGAUGAGUGCAUGUUAUCUACACAACCUUUGACUGGUAGUAAUUUAGUUAGUAUGCCUAAACUAACAAAUAAGACAACUAUUGCAUAUUGUGUACGUGCAAAGAAAAUUGAUAUGAAACAAUUGAAACAUGCUAUUUGGAAAUGUUUAUCUCAAAAUAGUAACGACCAAGAUAUGAUAGUAGAUGCAAAUAAAAGCCUGCAGAAUUCAAAUGAUAUGAUUGGUACUAAAAGUUUCAACAAAAUUUACAAAAUGUUGCCCAUGUUAUUAACAAAAAAUAACGCAGAAUCAUUAAGCUUCCCGAUCUCUUUUGUAUCUCUCUUACAUUUAGCAAACGAAAAAACAUUGCAAGUAUUUUCUUCGCUUGACAUGACUGAUCUCCUUGUAAAACAAGAUUAACUAUACAAAUUUAAAAUGUUUGAAAACAAAAUGUAUUACAAAUAAUUAGAAAGAUAAAAUCAUAAUUCAUUUGUAAAGACAAA